AGCAACCCCGCGUAGGGCUGUCGGAAGGAAAGGCACCCGAAUUUCAUCGCGUUGCCCGCAUCAGAGCCCGUUUAUUUCCUGAACUCAGAGAUGGAAAGACAAAAGUGACGUGCUGGAAUUCCACUGGGAGAGAGGUAGGCUGUUCCUUUAAGAAGGGCAGAGAAACUUCAUACAGCAAAAGGUUAGUCUGGCUUCCAGCAGAGGCAGAAGUGAAUAACAAGCCAAUCAACAUACAAAAUAUUGAACAGAGCAGCUCAGCCACAGCCAUCAGCCAAACAUGAGAUUAGUGUGUGGUUGCAGACAGGACGGAUCUUCCUGUCAUAACCUUUCUGAAUUGAGAAGAGCCAGACGCUCUGAAGAGAUGAAAGAGAUCUGGGUUGAGGUCCCCAUCCAGCAGAACUCGGGCACGACCAGAGGUGCAGCCAUGAACCACAUAGCUGGGAGUCUCACCAAAGUUACAGGGAUCCAUUAAAAGAAAACUGGAAGAUGACAGCUCUCCUGCCUCCAGUGGCGUGCCUGAUGUCAUUUUCCCAAAUGACAGUAAAAGACUUUGUCUCGAUGACGUAAACCUUGCCAUGGGCCAGGGUGCCAAUCCCAACGUGGCAUGUCCAGAAAUGCAAAGUUCUCCGUUCUCCACCGGUCAUGGCGCUUCUUCCCUGGGAGUCGCGGGGCAUCCGGUGCUCCUGGAAAACAAUCACAUGAAUGGAGGUGGCAUUGGCUCCCCGUUUUCAGUGGCACCCAACACGGAAAUAAAUCAGAAGGGGUCAAUAGCAGGGCAAACCAACAACAUUGUCCACUACGACGAGAAAGGAAACAGCUUACAGUCUGUGGACCAAGAGCUGCAAGAUCUGUUGGAAGAGCUGACAAAAAUGCCCGAUCCUUCUCCCAAUGACCUGGAUCUGGAGAAGAUUUUGUGCAGCAAGGCUGAAGAUCCACUUGGUCUGAGUCAUUCUCAACCAAGCAUAAGUACCACUCCAAAGUCCUCCCCGCAGACUUCACACUUGGAGAACCAUGUUGCUAACAAAGAUUUUUCUCCGGGCUGCAAUCCAACCAGUGGAGGAUCUCCUCAGAUGAGACCAGCGUCUGCUGGAGCCAACUUCCAAGUUCCUCCCUCGAACAAACCUGCUGCAUCGCCCAUCUCUACAGCAGCUCAGAGCAAGAACCAACCACCACCAAUGCUUCCAGUGCCCCUGCCCAACAUGCCCAGCUCCAACUGGCACGCUCAGCAGCUAAAGCAGCUGGCAGCAAGCAAGCAGGUGUCUGGUACUAAGCAACAAGUACAGGCUCCCAGCUGGCCAACUAUGUCUCCUCCUGGUCUCUCUCCGCCUUACAGGACAGGAUCAUCCCCACACCAUCAACCUUUCAGUCCUCAAAAUGUCAUGGUGUCUGGCAUGCCUGCUAACAAUUUACCGGGAAACAACAUUCAGAGUCCUCAGAACACUCUGCUUUCAAGCAUGACUUCCAGCAGCACCCCAUCCAAUGGCCCCUCUCCUCCUUAUGGGCCUGAGAAGCAUUCCAGUCCGGCUCUGAACCAGCAGCCCUUCAGCCCACAGAGCUCCAUGCUGCCUGCCCUGACAGCAGCCAGCUUACCAGCCAACAACAUUAAAAGUCCACAGAACAACAUGGUUGGCAGCAUGGCCUCCACAAGUACUGGACCUUCUCCACCAUACAGGCCAGAAAAGCUGUCAAGCCCAGCUCUACAUCAGCAGCCUUUCAGUCCUCAAGGUACAUUAAUCUCUAACAUCACUCCCACCAGCAACCCCACAAGUAUGCAGAACUCGCUUUUUAAAUCAAUGACUACAAACCAGACCAAAAAUAUGAACAUAAUUAUGCAGCAGCCAUCCAGUAGCUUACAGCCAGGUCUGGUGAAUGAGAGCCCUGUUAACCAAGACCAGUUUUCUUUCAAUAACACCAAACCACUGUCUCACUUUGCCUCAGAGUCAGCUACUCAAAAGAUGUCCCCUCUGACAGCAGGACAAGGACAGCAGUCUCUCAUUCACUAUCUCCAGCAGCAGCAGCAGCAGCAGUCUCCAGCCACACAGCAGUCCCAGCAGACCAACAACAGCCAGUUUCUCCAGCAGCAGUUCCGACAGCUGAUGCAGCCGCAUCGGGUGCAGAGACAGAUGCAGCCUGCCACGCUGCCAUCUCAGAGCAGACAGGAUCAAAAUCCUGGAAUUGUUGCCAGACUUCAGGAGCCAGGCUCCAUCCCAAGUGGGGGCUCUGUGCCGGCACCAGCCACGGUCAAUGGGUACACGAUGAGGAACCAUUUACUGAAGCAGCAAAUAAUGAAGCGACAGCUGAUGCAGGAAAAGCAGAGACAAAACAUGCUGGGAGUAACAUCUGAGCAGAGGAGUUUGUUUGCAGCUCAGCAGAUAAACCAGUUUCAAGCCGUGCAGCAGCCCCUUCCCACAGACUGCAACCAGGUGAUGCCGGCUCCUCCGCCCAACCACCGCAUGCUGCCUUCGAACCCGGCCAUGCUGCAGAGCACCCUGGGCUCUGGCAUGGCCCCAGCCACUGCCAGCCAGAGCACUGGGACGAUGGUGAUGAUUCCACACAACCCUGGCAAGCAGCAGGGGAUUUUCCCACCUAAUUCUGACUUUAACAUCCCCCUGCGGCCAAGCCAGAACUCACUGGGCAUGAACUCGGGGUGCCAGACGGUGCACAGCCACUCCACUGUGCGGCCGGGAAUGCCGAUGGGAGGCUUCAGUUCUGGUUCCUUAACAAAUCACUCUGCAACACAGCAACACUUGAGGCAGCCGAGUAUGCCAAGAAUCCCCAAUGUCUACCCCAACUCAUCUGGCCAGAUGUGGACGCCGACUACUGUGCCAAGGAUGCCAAAUCAAAGCCAAAUGGAUACCAGCAUGCAGCAGUUCUCCGGGAACACGCUCUUCUCCAAACAGAGCGUGAGGCCAAGCACACCGGGUCAGGCGUUCUCCCAGCAGGCCGUGGUGCCGCCGAAUCAGAUCGCUCCCGGCGUGCAGGUCAGGCAGAUGCAGAAACUGAGCAUGGGACAGUCUGGCCAGGGCUUGAGCUCGAUGAGUAAUCAGAACUUGAGACAUAAUUUAACCAGGGGACCGUUGCCAGCUAUGAAUGUUAUGAAAUCGGUGCCGCAGGGAGUGUCCAGUUUUAACCACCUCAAUCCCGCCCCAGGCCUUGGCCCACCGAGCUACCCUUCCACUGGGCAGCCGCCCGACGCCUUCAGCAGGAUGAGCGCCACUGCUGAGCUGCCGCAGUACGACUUUGUGUCCCAGCACAGCAAUUCCAUCCUGCCCGCCAACUGCAGCGACACCGACUUCCUCGACUCCCUCAUGAAGAACAGCAGCAGCAGCAAUGACGAAGAGUGGUUGAACAAUCUGACAAUGAUAGAUGACAUUUUGGGACAGCACGCUCAAAGCUCUGGACACGUUUAGCUCGGAGAGAAGCAGCCUCGUUGUAAAUAACUCACAUAUGGCUUCAAACAGAACAGACAACCCAUGAAAGCCGCCACCUCGUUCAAUACAGAGUGAACAGACUCAGCCAAUUCUUUGCCUGCAUCAAAGCUUAAUAUUGGCAGUUUUUCAGAUGACUGUAUAUAUUUGAAUAUUUUGUAAAUUAUGUUUUCCUAAACCUUAAAUGUAGAAGUAUUUAUACUUCUUUGCUGGACUCUUUGUAAAUAAAUCUAUAGCAUAACUUUUGGUUUUAUUAUAGGGAUUUCAUUAUACCUUGUUAUAAAUAUGCAAAUAAUAUUGUUAGUUUCAGUAAUACUGUGUAUUACAGCAUAAAAUACUUAUGUUUUUGACAUAACUUAACACAUGAUCUAGGGGUGUCAUUGCAACCAGACUAAGCAGGAAUCAAAUGUGGCAUCUGUUCUCUCAUAUCAAGAGGAAAGAUUGAAAAGUUGCAUUUAAAAAAAAUAAAAUCCCUAAAAGGAGCUGCUGAUUCCCCCAUAGCUCAGUCUUGCAGCCCAGUCCUGGUAUGUAGGUCCCAUCCAGGCCCGCAGUGCAUACAGGGAUCUGUCUGCAGAGAUCCCUUUGCCAGAUCCUGGGCAUGUUCUCAGCUUGAUACACUCCAGUAGGUCAAUUCGACCCUGACAAUGCAUGGUUGCUGUCCUGCAGUGAGCGUGUGGUUGUGCCGUUCCAGCUGCUGACCAGGGUGUGUCCCUGUGCCCGGGGGUUGCAGGACUGGGGGCUCAGCGUGGCGUGGCCCGUGGUGGGUCACACUGAAGAGGAGGCACUGCCCGGCCUGCAGCCGCUGAACCCGUCAGCGAAAAGGUAGCUCUGGUUUGUGCACCUCUGCCAUGUAUAUUUGUAGUGUACAGGUGAUUUGUUCCUGGUUUUAAGGCUUUUCAUAAUUUCUGUUUUAAUGUGAGACUUUUUUCAGGGGAAAAGUCUAUAAACAUUAAUAGUUAAUUUUUGAUGUUUUUCUGUCAGCUACUAUUGUCCUAUGUAUAUUUAAGAGUCUGUUUAUAAAAGAUUCACUGUACUGUAAACUUCUUAAAAUGUUCAUACUUUGUGUAAUCAUAUUUUAAUAGUCACGUCAUACUUCGCAAUACAUUUGUAAUAUAACGUCAGCUUCAAGCACAGAAUGUUUUUUUCUUCAUACCAUAAUAAACUGCCAGGGGAAAAUUGCA